AUGCUUGCCGUCAAGCGCCAGAGUAAGGGAUGGCCUUGUGCUUGGGUCUGUCUGGGGCUCUUGGGUCUGGCCACGUUGACCUCGGCUCAGUGGCGACCCCCGCGCUUGCUGCUCUCCUUCUGGGUGGAUCCCAUUGUCGACCCGUCACAGUUUGUUGACGAGUACGCGCGCAUUCAAAAGGCCAACUUUACGACCAUUCUUGGCGGAUUUGGAGCCAAGACCGAGAGCGUCAUUGAACAACAAAUUUCAGCAGCCCAAGCCAAUGACCUUCUCGUGAUCCCUUUUGGCUUUGAUGCAACGCAGGUCUCCGCCCUCAGCAACAGCAGCUCCCCAGCCCUGCUGGGAUAUCAGAUGAAGGACGAGCCAACACAGGCUGACUUUGCAGACCUGCGCAGCUGGAGCCUAGCCGUGGCCACUGCACGGCCCGGCAAGCUGCGUUUUAUCAACCUCCUCCCCAAUUAUGCCGCGCCCAGUCUCCUUGGCACACCCACUUACGGAGAUUAUGUGAGUGCCUUUACGGCCACGGUGCGCCCUGAUCUACUGAGCAUGGACCACUACCCACUCUUUGACGUGCCUUUUGCCGACCCCAACAGCAAUGCUACUCGUCAGGGCUACCUCGACAAUCUUGCCGUACUGCGUGCUGCCGCCCUUGCCGCCAACAUUAGCUUUGUCAAUUUCUUCAACACCAUGCCGUUUAACAAUCACAAGGAUCCCUCCCUGGGCGAGAUUCGCUGGCAGGUCUUUGCUUCUCUGGCCUACGGGAGCCAAGGCUGCCUCUACUUUUGCUAUUGGGAUCCAGGAUUUCCGCUCGGCAACGCCAUCAUGCGCCCCAUAGGCGCCAGUGCACAAUUUGAGCCCGGACCGCAUUACGCUCAUGCUGCCGCAAUCAAUAGUCAUGUGCUGGCGUACGAGCGCUUUCUCCUGCAUGCGCGAUCCACCGCUGUUUUAUUCUGGAACGCUACUGAUUUUGCAAACCCUGUGCCGAGCCCAUUCCUCAUCAAAGCGCUGGACGCAGUCAACGACGCCUCCAGGGGCAUGUUUUUGCUCGGGCAAUUUGAUUUAACAGCCACGCAAUCGGGCUUUGCUUGUGGUCUGCUGCUUCAGAAUCAACGCCAUGACGCCACCGCCCUGGCUAACAUCACUUGGACGUCCAACUCAAUUUCUGCAUCAACGGCCCUCAACAUGCUUGAGGUACAGUAUCAAGGGCCAGGUGCUGGGAAUGCCGUGGCAGUGCUUGAUGAUGCCCCACAUGCCCCCGGAUUGCAGCUGAGUUUGGCCCCGGGCGAAGGCCGCUUUUUCGUUACUGCGACGGCUUGUUAA